CUGUUCAGAGCCCUUCUCACCCCCACCACCCCAGCAGAGAGGAUGGGCAGCACCGAUGGCUUCCAGUACCGCGCGCUCUACCCCUACCGCAAGGAGCGCGAGGAGGACAUCGACCUGCUACCCGGGGACAUCCUGGUCGUCAGCAAGGGGGCCCUGCAGUCCCUGGGCUUCAAAGACGGGGAUGAGCAGACCCCCAACCAGAUCGGGUGGAUCCUGGGUGUCAACGAGCGGACCAAGCAGAAGGGGGAUUUCCCUGGCACCUACGUGGAGUACGUGGGGCCGGUGAAGAUCUCGGUCCCUUCUCACCGGCCCCGAGUGCAGAGGCCCCUGCCUGCCACGCCAGGGGCCAGCGGCUGCCGGCUGCCGGAGGCUCUGGAGCAAGGGUCUCCUCUCCUGGACUUGCAGGAGCAGUUCAGCCCUCCCGAGAUUGCUCCGCCUCUCCUGGUGAAGCUGGUGGAAGCUAUUGAGAAGAAAGGGUUGGACAGCGAGAUGUUGUACAGGACAUCUGGCUCCGAACUGAGGCAGGCGCUGAGAACCGAUUGGACCCUGGGCGACCUGGAGCCCGUGGACGUGCACUCCCUGGGCGAGGCACUGCGGGGUUACCUGCAGGACCUGCCCUCCCCUGUGGUGCCUGUGUCGGUGCACGGAGACAUCCUUCGCAUCCUGCAGGAGAUCCCUCAGCUGGAGAAUUGCCGGAAGCAGUUGCUGCUGGCCCUGGAGUCGCCUGCGGUCCCGCUCCAGAACACGCUCACCCUGCAGUUCCUGCUCCGGCAUCUGGGGAAGGUAUCGCAGCAGGCCGAGAGCAACAACCUCCACCCUCGGGCCCUGGGAGAGAUCUUCGGCUCCCUGCUCCUGCGGCUGCCUGGCGCCAGCCCAGAGCUGAGCCCUGACUUCUCCGUGCUGUUUUUGGAGACACUCCUGCAGACGAAGGAGCUGGAGCCGGAACAGUUGCCUCCAGCCUUGCCUCCCAAACCUGAGUCAAAGCCCAGCGCGGCCAGCCUGGUCAACGGGAACAGCGCUCCAUUGCAGGACGCUGAGUGGUACUGGGGGGACAUCUCUAGGGAGGAGGUGAAUGAGAAGCUAUGGGACACGCCGGAUGGGACCUUCUUGGUGCGUGAUGCUUCCAGCAAGAUCCAGGGGGAAUACACACUCACCCUCAGGAAGGGAGGCAAUAACAAGCUGAUCAAGAUCUUCCACCGGGAAGGGAAGUAUGGCUUCUCAGAGCCCUUGACUUUUGGCUCCGUGGUGGAGCUCAUCACCCACUACCGGCACGAGUCGCUCGCCCAGUACAACGCCAAGCUGGAUACCAGGCUGCUCUACCCCAUCUCCAAGUACCAGCAGGACCAGCUGGUGAAGGAGGACAGUGUGGAAGCCGUUGGGGAGCAGCUGAAGGUGUACCACCAGCAGUACCAGGACAAGAGCUGGGAGUACGACCUGCUGUAUGAGGAGUACACACGCACGUCCCAGGAGCUUCAGAUGAAGAGGACGGCAAUCGAGGCCUUCAAUGAGACGAUCAAGAUCUUUGAGGAGCAGUGUCAGACCCAGGAGAAGUGCAGCAAGGAGUACAUCGAGCGCUUCCGGCGCGAGGGCAACGAGAAGGAGGUGCAACGGAUCCUCAUGAACUCGGAGAAGCUCAAGUCUCGCAUCACAGAGAUCCACGACAGCAAGAUGAAGCUGGAGCAGGACCUGAAGAAACAAGCCUCGGAGAACCGGGAGAUCGACAAGCGCAUGAACAGCCUCAAGCCAGACCUCAUGCAGCUGCGCAAACUGCGGGACCAGUACUUGGUGUGGCUCAUGCAGAAGAAGAUCAACGAGUGGCUGGGCAUCAAGAACGAGACGGAGGACCAGUACUCCAUGAUGGAUGAUGAGGAGGAGCUGCCCCACCACGAGGAGCGAACAUGGUACGUGGGGAAGAUCAACCGUGUGCAGGCAGAGGAGAUGCUGUGUGGCAAGAGGGACGGCACCUUCCUGAUCCGUGAGAGCAGCCAGAAGGGAUGCUACGCCUGCUCCGUGGUGGUGGACGGUGACACCAAGCACUGCGUGAUCUACAAGACAGCGACGGGCUAUGGGUUCGCUGAACCCUACAACCUCUACGCCUCCCUCAAGGACCUGGUCUUGCACUACAAGCACACAUCCCUAGUGCAGCACAAUGACUCCCUGAAUGUCACGCUGGCUCACCCGGUCCUUUCCCAGCCACCAGCCAGAUGAGCAGCCCAUGCACAACACAACAGCUGCCUUCAGCUUCUCCCCAGGGCGCUGCUUUCUGGUUCUGGACUCUUGCACCCUGUAUAGUUGAGUCUCUGUGCUCCUGCUCCUUCAGAGCCUCUGAGAUGUCUGUGACCGUUCCUGGUGUCCCUCUUGGUCAGUAGCUGAAACCUGUGUUGGCUGAUGGGACAGAAAGGCUGAGCUGUUGAUUCCCAGCGGGCUCCAGCCUCUAGGAGGUGGGAUCCAGUUGUGAUUGAGUUGUUGGGGGUGAGCACAGCCCCCUCCCCUUCCCUGAUAAGUAGGUCAGAUCCCCUUCUUGCUGGCAGGUCGCCCCGCUAUGCAUCACUGUAGAGCUUGGUUCCCGAUUCCUCGGAGCGCUCCGGCUGGGACUGAGGGGCUCCCUGUCUGGAUGCUGGAGGAGGCAGAGGAGGAGCGUGUGCAUCCUUCAGUCUCGCUUCCCUCGGAGCUCUGGCAGGCUGUGAUGGUGUCUGGUACGAGGGCUGCUGCUCUUGCGUGCAGAGACUCAUUUAGGAAGGAGAAACCUCACCCUCCGUGGGG